CCACCCAUCAUCUCAACCUACUUACAAUAAAAGCCCAAGAAAAAUCGCCAAGAACCACUCAGGCAUUCCACACAAUAAUGCCAUCCAAUCUCACAAUCCUCUUCCUCCUUGUCUUCGUCCUCGCAGUAUGCCUACCAGGGCACGGUGUAUACGCCUUCGGCGCGGGCAAUAUCCCCAGCUUCGCAUAUAUGGAGGGUCGUGCGUUUCGACACGGAGAUAUCGAAGACGUCCUAGCAGAAAUAGCAAAGAAAUCCGGUGCAGGUAUCAUGGGUGCCCUAGCUGGAAGAAGUAAGUUCGGUGGACUCGACAUCAAGCGGAUUUACUUCGGGAACUGGCUAAGGGAUUACUCUCAGGCGGUGGACAUUGCUGGGUUGAAGAAGCUGCCGUUGCAGACAAUAAUCAACCUCUGCAUGGCCCUCGGCUUCCUCGCACACGGCUAUGCAACCAACGAAUUCGAAGUAACCGAAGACCGCCUCGGUGUCUACCUCCCCACCGAACACAUCGACAACCCAAAAGGCUACGGCGAAGGUGAAGACGCUCGGAAAUACCACCCUAAACUCCGUGGACCCGUUGACCCACGUGAACUUGAAAUCGAUCCACACACGGGUAUGAAGAAUUACAUUGCGAACGAAAAUGGUUCGUGGGAUACGUCGAAGGCACUGGUCAGGCGUACGCUUGAGAGGUGUAUACAUCUUGGGAGACAGUAUCGGUCGAGUAGUCAGAAAGCGGACCUGUAUGAGUCGUAUCGGUUGCUUGGUCAAGCGAUGCAUACGCUUGAAGACUUCACGGCGCACUCCAACUUCUGUGAGCUCGUCCUCGUAUCGAUGGGACACAGGGACGUCUUCACGCAUGUCGGCGAUCGCGUGCGCAUACAAGCACCGAAUGGGAAAUACGUCGCUCCUCUUAUCACUGGCACGUUCGGAGGAAACGACUUCAUUCAUAGUUUACUAGGCGAAGCAACAGAUCACAUCAGCCAAGCCUCCGUCUCCGACCUCAACAAAGAACUCGAAAAAGCCAGCGCGCGUACACGCUCUGGUCCAGGCGGUAGCAACGAUGGCGGCGUCUCCGUCGGCCUCCUCAAAGACCUACUCGGUAAAGUUCCCUUCGGCGACGACUCCAGCUCAGGAGGAGAUAUGUCCCGCUCAGAGAUGAAUCGCGGGAUGGACGACAUCGAACGUAUUCGUGCUGGACCUGCUGCUGGUGGGAAACGCCCUGAGGAUAUGAGUCCGCAGGAGUUGCAUGCGGUUCUUUGGCGGGUUUUGACUUUUAGGGAUUCUAUCGUAAAGAAGAUCGAAAAGACAAUCGAAAAGAUACCCGGUCUCGGCCCACUUAUCGAGAAACUCAUGGACUCAAUCUCUGUAUUCAUAUUCACGACGCUUGAACCGUAUCUCAAGCCGAUAAUGAAGACCGCUACGACUGGGUUGAUGUCAGCUUCUGGCGAAGUCAUUGAUAGCCAUGAUCAAUACGAAGUUUUCAAUGACCCUAAUGCGUCCGAUCCUACACAUUCCUUCCUAAGUAAAGAUCACUUCAACUUAAUUCUGAACGAGCCAGCUGGUAAAAUUGCGAUGGUCAUCGUCGCGUACACCACCAAGCUCAUCGUAAAAGCAUGGGGCGACAACUCGGCGAACGUCCACCAGACUACCGAGGACAUUUUACAAUGCAUGUUCCACCCAGACUUCCACAAUCCGAACUCCCAAAUCCAACGCGAGAUGCUGCAAAAAAUGCGUGACUGGGUCCAAGGUCUAGGCCACAGCCAACACUCCGUCAUCUCCCGUCUCUCGAAAGAAAACGUCCGCGAGCACCGGAACAUUCGCGGGAAGGGCGAGGGCGGGGCGUCGAGUGCGGAGGGUGGAGCGGCCUAUAACGCAGGACAGAACGCGCAGCAUCAGAUUAGUGGAUACCUUAACGCCAUCCCAGGUGUUUCUCAAGCACAGUCGCUUUUGAAUCAAGUUAACCCGUCAAGGCCCGGUGGUAAUAAUCCGUACGGUCACGGAUUUAGAGAGGGGUCAAUGCCUGGACCUGGCUCUGGCCCCGGUACGGGAUUCCCUUCUGCACCUGGUCUGCAGUCUAGUUUCUCAGAACCGGUGCCGGCGUCUUCUACUGGAGAAGCAGCGGGGUACUAUUCUGGAGGAAGCGCAGGUCUAGGUGGACGACAUGAACACGGACAUAGUUAUUCAGGGAGCGAUCACCACGCCUCAUCGACCUAUCCAGGUCAAGGUCAAGGUCACCACGCGGCCUCGUACGCACCGCCACCCGGCCCGCCACCUAGUGGACCACCCGCUUUCCAUUCCUUUCCAGGUACUAGCACCGCCCCCGGUCCCGGACCAGGACGAGACGACUACGCCUCGUCGGGAUACGCACCCUCGUACAGCACCCCACCACCACCUCCGGCAGGUCAAACACAUUCAUCUUACGGCGGAGCCUCAUCCUACGGCGGCAGCGGUGGCGGAGGGAUGUCCUUCCCGGACCCAGACGCAGGCGGAGGGUUCUCGAUGCCCGGUUCUACUCCUGCUUUCCCUAGUGCACCAGGUGCUCCAGGCGUCCCGGGUGGUCCAGGUGGUCCGGGUGGACCUAUGGGGUUCCCUGACGCUAACGCGUACGCUCCGCCGCCUGGUGGAGGAGGUUAUUAUAGUGGACCACCUGGGGGUGGGUAUCCUCAUCAGCAUCAGCAUCAGCGUCCACCUGGUGGUUGGUGAUGAGGUCGGUAUUAGUAUUGGUAGGUCAAAGGUUGUCGGAAAUUUUCUUGUAGCCUUGUAGUUGUGUAAAGUAGUAGUCUAGUCGUGUUGGUGUGUUAUUGCCGUAGUUCUGUAAAAAGUAGUGUCAAGAUGAGCGAUGUACAAUAAUAACCUAUGUAGUUCAUUAUUCUGAUAGUCAACUUGGCG